GCAACGCUGACGCAGAAGGUACGUCAGCUGUUUUGUUAGAGUUGCGUGCAUCGGGAAUGGUGUAUUGUUGACUGCAGGGAUAUACUUCGCAGUUUGUAGCUUCGACCGUAUUUCUUUGUUUGUUUGGUGUGCAGAAUCGUAUAUUGUAUCCAUCGUAGAGAGCAUCCGACCGCGCGUGGAAGGAUCACGACGCAUCGAGGCACGGCCAAGGAAAUCACGGUGGAGGCCUCGAAUUAUCUGGUGGAGAAAACCGUUGGAAAUUGAUUCUCUCGGGGAAGAGUAGUGUUCGCAAAGGCGUCCGUCCGACUGUGGUGUACCGUGCUACCACUUCAGGAGGUUUGGGACGUUCUACGUUUCUGGAACAGGCUGCAACCGUAAUUCCAGAAGCAAAAUAAUGGCACAACCGACUAGCUCAGCGCUUAGGGCGCUCGCCCUCGAGUACAAAAGCCUUCAAGAGGAACCCGUCGAGGGUUUCCGCGUGAAACUCGUUAACGAGGACAACAUGUUUGAGUGGGAAGUAGCUAUCUUCGGCCCCCCGGAUACGCUCUACCAAGGUGGAUACUUCAAGGCACACAUGAAGUUCCCGCCGGAUUAUCCGUACAGUCCGCCAAGCAUUCGGUUUAUGACGAAAGUUUGGCACCCGAACGUGUACGAGAAUGGAGAUCUGUGCAUAUCGAUCCUGCAUCCGCCCGUAGACGAUCCGCAGAGCGGUGAGCUGCCGUGCGAGAGGUGGAAUCCAACACAGAACGUCAGGACGAUCCUGCUGUCGGUGAUCUCGCUCCUGAACGAGCCGAAUACGUACAGCCCCGCCAACGUGGAUGCCUCGGUGAUGUAUAGGCGCUGGCGCGACUCCAAGGGUCGGGACAAAGAGUACGAAAAUAUCAUAAGGAAGCAAGCACAGGCGGCUAAGAUGGAGGCGGAGAAGGAAGGCAUCGUGGUCCCGGUGACGCUAGAGGACUACUGCAUAAAGACGCACGCGAGGCCUGCCGAGCAGCAACUCGACAUGACGGACUUCUACGACGACGAGUACGAGCUGGACGACGACGAGAACGAUCAAUUGAGCGCCAGCGAGUACGAGGACGGGGACGACAGCGGCAACGGGGAGUCGUGAUCCAUUUCUUAAAAGGGACGACGAAAAGCAAAAAAAACAAGAUAAAUAAAAUAAAUGAAUAAACUCGAAUAUUAACAAAACAACAAGAAAAAGCAACAAAAAAAAUAAGAAUCGCUAAUUAUUAUCAGUUCUGUAUAGAUUAAUAAAUUAACGGGCUUCUAAACCGGACGCUCUAUCUCUCUAUCUCUAUCUCUCUGUCUCUCUGUCUUUCACUCUGUAUCUCUGUCUCUGUCUCUAUUCAGACGUGCCACCUAUAUAAAUUCUUAACAUUACGCGUAAUCGAAACCACCUCGUUUUCCUCGUUGACCGUUCCAUUGUAGCGGACUAUCGCGAGCACGAAAUAUAUUUCAGGAUGUCGUCAAUUACCGCGCCGUUUCCUCGUCCUAACGACGUUUAGGUGAGACGAACGUACAGCGAGAGUUCGUCCCAUUUUUAGCGUUCGCCGCCGUCGCCGUCGCCGUCGCCGUCGUCGUCUUCGUCCUCAUCCUCGUCGCGCGCGUUCUCUUUUCUUUCUCCUAUUUGUUCUACGCUGAAUGAGAGAUUCGUCUUGCGGUCUUGUGACUUCCGGUUGAACUGUAAAAUUCUAUUGAAUAGAGCGUACGAUUGUAACGGCUACACCCUUGAGCGAAGAAUGUCGAAAUUCUAGGAUAUUAAUCCGUCAGGAAAUGCUCGCGUUCACAAGCUGUUUAACUUAAGCAAUAUACGGGUGUGAUGAUGAUGAUGAUGAUAAUGAUGAUGAUGGUGAUGGUAAUGCUGCUGCUGCUGCUGCUACAGAUGAUGAUGAUGAUGAUGAUGAUGAUGACGGUGAUAGAAGUAUAUACUUCGGUUAGGAACACUGUGCUUGUUUCGUUGUGGUCGGCACGUCUAUCUUUUAACUAGGAGAAAGGAAUAUUGGAAGGAGAAGGACCAAUUGAUUUACCUCGCUUAGGCGAUCGGCCGUGUCGACAAAGUAAAGGAAUACAAAGCGAGAUGAGAAAAGUAAAUAAGUAAAUAAAUAAAUAAAUAAAUACAUAA